GUGUAUGCGACACUGAAUGGUUUGCUGUCCAGGCAGCCUUUUGCUAUUGGUGGCUCUGGGAGUUUUUACAUUAAUGGGUUUGUUGACGCAGAAUACCGAAAAAACAUGACAAAGAGAGAAAGCCAAGAGUUUGUAGUUAACGCUCUAACUCUGGCGAUGGGUCGGGAUGGCUCAAGUGGAGGCGUUGCAUAUGUUGUUACCAUUGAUAAAGAUGGAGCAGAAGAGAAGUGCGUCUUAGGAAAUGAACUGCCCAAAUUUUUUGAUGAGUGAAUUAAAGGACUUUACUUCGAUAUUAUGAAGAUUUCCAUGUAUAUUUGUA